AUGGUGGGAAUGGAGGAUGCCGGCGCAAGCCAUGUGAAUGGCUCUACGGUCACGAGACCCAAAGUCGAUCCUUACGAAACAGAUCCGAACAUGAUUCCCGCCGACGACCCGUUUGUUUCUCGGAGCCUCCAGUAUGGUCGUUACACACCGCGCGCCGACGACUUCACUCCUCGAUACAUGCACUGGUAUCAUGCUGAUCCGACAGCCAAUACCUACUGGGAGAAGGUCGCGGAACAGUAUUGUACACCGGAGUACUCGCUCAACAUUGACGGCCCGAGGGAAGCAUUCGCGGCGGGCAGUGUCAUCAUUCGCGUUGAUCGUGAAUUGGCAGAGGGGGCGGCUUUUGCGAAGUUCUCCUUCGCAAAUGCGAACGAGUUGCUAGCGGCGCAAAAAGCGGAAGAUCCCCUGCGAGAGAUCGGAGUCACAGUGCCAGUGGUAUACUUUUGCGGGACAAUUGAAGGGAGGAAUGUGACAAUUGAGUCCCGAAUCGCGGGCGUCUCUCUGGAGGUUGCGUGGAGGUACCUCGACACAGAGCAGAUCGACGCUCUGAAAAACCAGUGUCGCCAGAUUAUACGGCGCCUCGAAACGAUCGAAAGCCCCGCGGAUCAACCUUCCUACGUGUCCCGCGGACUCAAUUCCGAGGGACCUCCUUCUGUCGAGACGCACGAACGAGAUAUUCUAUUCACGGAGAAGGACAAACUGGAGGAGUUGCGCUUCACACACAAUAAUUUGGUUCCGAGCAACAUUAUAAUUCAAAAUGGACGGGUGGUCGGAAUAGCUGGCUGGCGCCAGUGUGGUUAUUUUGGCAACAUCCGAGCUGGCAAGGUCCAUCACCUCUCGAGGGAUCUCGAGCCCGCAUCACAAAAUGGCGCAACUAGCUCUGGUGGCAGUGCACACUGGGCAGACCUAUACGAUGGUGAAUACAAUCCCAGCAGAGGCCAGCCACUAGUCGCGAACCAAGAUACCCCGCUCCCGUCUGUGAAAACGGAACCGACAAGCUCUACCCUGGACAGGUUCCCUAUCAGUGAUGACCUGGAGACAAAGUCAUGGAACACCGACGGCGUGGACGACUAUCCCACGUCGAAAACAGUUGCCAAUCUCAAGAACGGAGUGUCAUCACGAGCAUCUUCGACCGACAGAUUGUCUCCGGCAACCUCAGUCAAAGGAUCCAACAAAAGCACCGCGGCCAAGAAGGGCACCGCGAAAAAACCUGCAGCUAAAAAGCGCAAGGUCAAUGAUCCCGACGGAGAUAGCGCUGAUACGCGCCGCUCCAAUACCCCUCUCUCGCGCACCAGCAAAACGCCAGGCAAAAAACAAGACUCCGUUUCAGUGGCCGGGUCGCCUGCACCGGAGCCGAAAAAGAAACCACAAAAGAAAAAGAAGGCACCCAAAACAGCCAGAACCCAGGACAACGACGACUCUGACAGCUUUGAUGAAAAUGCCGUCUUCUGUAUCUGCCGCCGGCCGGAUAAUCAUACGUGGAUGAUUGGCUGCGACGCGGACUGCGAUGAUUGGUAUCACGGGAAAUGCGUCAAUAUCGACCCCCGCGAUGCGGACUUGAUCGAUCGCUACAUAUGCCCGAAUUGCGCGAGUGUAGGCAAAGGUUGCACAACAUGGAAGCCAAUGUGUCGCUUAGUGGAGUGCCGAAAACCUGCGCGUGCCAAAGCAAAACCCCCGAGCAAGUAUUGCUGCGAUGAUCACGGUCGCGAAUUCAUGCGCCAGCAGACCAAACAGCUCAAACAACGAGCUGGCCAGAAGAAUGGUCUUUUCGAGGAUCUGGGCAGUAUGGGCGGCAUACUCACAGCGGGAGACUUGAAGGCCGCCAUCGUUGGAGUGGCAUCCACUCACGAAUUCCGAACGCUCGGCAAUCGUAUCAUUUCCCCGCCACCAGAGACAGACGAAAACAAAGCGCUUGUCACCGAUAAUAACGAAUCAGAACAACCGACCACCAAGUGGUUGGAUGCAGACAUCUAUGCCAGUGGGGCAGAAUACUCUCCUGAUGAGAUUGCAAAAUUCGAAAAGCUGCGCACCCAGCGAGACGAGCUAAUUCACCGCAAAGAGAUGCUUGCAGCUCGCGCGACCUUCGUGGCGCUCCUGAAACCGCGCGCCAAGGGCAUAGUCGAGAAACUGAAGCAGCACGAGCCGAAAGGCGGAUGGAAGGACAUCUGCGGGUUCGAUUCCCGGCUUUCAUGGUCCGACGAAGAAUUCGACGAGUGGCGGCUUUCAGAGGCCGGGAAGAAAGCUUUGGCGGAGGGAACCGUCGAGGCCUUGGUUGCUGCCGUUCCACCUGCCACCGACGCAGAUGGGGAUACGUCGAUGAAUGGCGAUGCCGACGAGGGCAUCACAUUGUGGACGAGUGGUGUCUGUACCAAGAAACGGUGCGAGAGACACAAGCAGUGGGUCAAGGUGCAGCAGCAGGAUAUCCACUUCGAGGAAGAAACGGCUGAUCAGGACCUCGCCCGGUGUGAGGAGGAGGCUCGGUCGGUUGUUGAACGAGGCGUGAUGAGACAAUGGGCCGAGAAAGACCACAACAUGCAAGUCUAG